AUGGUGCUACUGCAACUUACAGCUUUGACGAGGCUUAAGAACUCUUCACCUGUAUCACAUGUCGUCCCUUCGAUCAUCGACUUCCUCGAGCGAGCGCAAGUAACGUCUCUAUUCGUCCCUCUUACGAGCCAGCGUAGACCAGUGAAUCGCAUCAGGGACACGAGGCCAGCAUUCCUUCCAUUCAGGGCUUUCGCGAAGAAGUUUGACCAUCUCGUUGACGGGCGUACUGGAGUUCGUUUGAUGUCCCGAGGGAUCCGCCCUGGUCCAACGGUCAUCACUAUAUCGCAUAACGUGCCUGGCCCACCUGAUCUUUGA